AUAUAUAUUAAGUUAACAGAAUAAUAAUACUAAGAGAAAUGAUAGGGUGGGAAGACAUUUACAAGGUUCUUGCCGCAAUGUUUCCACUCUACACAGCACUGAUUUUAGGUUAUGGUUCCGUGAAGUGGUGGCACAUGUUCAACUCCGACCAUUGUGACGCGAUAAACCGGCUAAGUUGCUACUUCAUCAUGCCACUGUUCACAUUCGACUUCACAACCCGCAUCAAUCCUUACAAAAUGAACUAUCGUUUCUUGGCAGCUGAUGUCAUCUCCAAAGCCAUCAUUCUCUUAGCAAUAUUGUUAUGGGCUAAUUUUACUAAGAAAGGAAACUAUGCUUGGUCCAUUACAUGCUUCUCUUUGUCUAGCUUAAACAAUGCACUUGUUGUAGGGGUGCCUCUCAUGGAAGCAAUGUAUGGACCUCUUGGAGAGAAUAUUGUCAUACAAUCAUCCAUUUUGCAAUUCAUGCUUUGGAUAAUGGUCCUUCUCAUGAUGUUUGAGUUCCAAAGCGCAAAGCGAUCGUUGGAUUCAGGAGCUUCGUCAUUAGAAUCUGCCACAAAUUGUGAAAGCACUAAUGUGGAUGACAAAAGUAAACAAACUUCUCUAUUGGUUAUAGCAAAAAUUGUUGGACUAAAGCUUGCUAAGAACCCGAACUCUUACGCUUGCAGUCUCGGGCUUAUUUGGGCACUCAUAUCUAAUAGGUGGAAUCUGGAAAUGCCGAUUAUCAUGGAAGGAUCGGUACAUAUCAUGUCGAGAGCUGGUGCUGGAAUAUCCAUGUUGUGCAUGGGACUGUUCAUGGCAAUGCAAGAUAGGAUGAUUGAAUGUAGUGCGAAACUAGUUGUAGUUGCAAUGAUACUGAGGUUUAUCGUAGCACCAGUGACCGUGGCAAUUGGAUCUUUUGUUGUUGGUCUGCGAGGGGAUGUUCUUCAUGUUGCCAUCAUUCAGGCUGCCCUACCGCAAGCCAUUGGUUCUUUCGUAUUUGCAAAGGAAUAUGGACUUCAUGCAAACUUACUCAGCACCGCGGUCAUAUUCGGCACGCUUGUAUCCAUACCAUUGCUCAUUGCAUAUUACGUUGUCCUAAACAUCUUGCUUUGAUAACUAUCAACAAGUCAUAUUAUAGCUAAGUUCAUAACCAAUUACAUUGGACUAGAGAUUAUUAAAGUUGUACUAACGUCAUUUGUUAAAAAAGAUGGUUAUUGAUUGAGUAAUGCAAUAAUUAUUGAAUGUAAAAUGUGGGAUAUAUACAUAUGUGUUACGUUAUACACAUGAGAAAGCUUUACUACUUCACGCAUCAUGUAGAAGCACAUAAUUUUCUGGAUUUUAGAAUCGAGAGACAUCAAGAAAUCUCAAUAAUUUUACUAUUCUUGAACCCAAUUCGAUCUAGCGAAAUCUUUCAUCCGAAUUUUUUUUCCAACAAGAACAUUAUAUAAACUUUUUGACUUCCGAGUUUUGAGCAUCCUCCUUUCGCACUAUUCACAUGUGCAACAAGCAAUGAAAUCAAGGGUGUUGUACUUUUUGAAAUCAAGGGUGUUGUACUUGUAGCGGCUCGGUUUGUACUUGUGGGGCAGGGGGCGAAGCGGCUCGGCUUGUACUUGUAGCGGCUCGGCUGACAUUGAAGGUGCAUAAAGCCUGGUCAGGUAAGAGGGACACGUGUCCGCUUGGUUGUGGCUGGAUUGAAGGUGCAUAAAUAUGGGAGUUCACUUUGAUGGGAGGGUGCAUUAUGCCCGGUCAAAUGACUAUUUUGGAAAAUGGCUUGGUCAAACGGC